CAUCAAAUACGCAUUGCGACGGAGAAACUCAGUUCAGACUCCAGAGAGAGAGAGAGAGAGAGAGAGAGACGUACACAUUGCCAUGGAGGUUGAGGCUGCGAACAAAGAAGCGGCGCCGCCGAGCCCUUUGAGCAAGAUUGUCCUGGUGGCGUCGAUCGCCGCCGGGGUACAGUUCGGGUGGGCCCUACAGCUCUCGCUGUUGACCCCGUACGUGCAGCUUCUGGGCAUUCCACACACAUGGGCCCCAUUCAUCUGGCUCUGCGGGCCCAUCUCCGGCUUGCUCGUCCAACCCAUCGUCGGCUACUACAGCGACCGCUGCACCUCCCGCUUCGGCCGCCGCCGACCCUUCAUUGCAGUCGGCUCAUCGUUCGUUGCCAUCGCCGUAUUCCUCAUCGGCUACGCUGCCGACCUCGGGCACGUAUUGGGCGACCCCAUCGACAAGACGACGAAAACCCGCGCCGUCGCCAUCUUCGUCCUCGGCUUCUGGAUCCUCGACGUCGCCAACAACAUGCUCCAAGGCCCGUGCCGCGCCUUCCUCGCCGACCUCUCCGGCGACGACCAGAAAAGGAUGCGCAGCGGCAAUGCGCUCUUCUCCUUCUUCAUGGCAGUCGGCAACGUCCUCGGCUUCGCCGCCGGGUCCUACACUCGCCUCUACAAGAUCUUCCCCUUCACCUUGACAGGAGCUUGCGACGUUUACUGCGCAAACCUCAAGAGCUGCUUCUUCCUCUCCAUUGCUCUGCUCUUAAUCCUAACCACCGUGGCUCUCACUGCAGUGAAGGAACGACCUUUCUCGUGGCAACCGGAACCGGGAAAUGCAGGUGGCGAGAGAAAGCCGGUGGUACCGUUUUUCGGGGAAAUAUUUUUUGCCUUAAAGGAGCUACAGAGACCCAUGCGGAUUCUGCUCCUGGUGACGUGUCUCAACUGGAUUGCGUGGUUCCCCUUCCUUCUGUUCGACACUGAUUGGAUGGGGAGGGAGGUAUACGGAGGAAAGGCUGGGACGGGGCCGCAGGGGGAAAUAUACGAUCGGGGUGUACGCGCGGGCGCGUUGGGGCUGAUGGUGAACUCGGUUGUGUUGGGGAUCACGUCCGUCUGGGUGAACCCGCUGGCGCGUGGGCUCGGGGGAAUGAAGCGCUUGUGGGGCGUCGUUAACUUCCUGCUGGCCUUGUGUUUGGCCAUGACCGUGUUGAUCACCAAGCUGGCGGAGUCCUCUCGGCACGGCGCAGCUGUACCCGCUCAGCCGCCUACGGGUAUUAAAGCCGGCGCGUUGGCUCUAUUCGCGGUGUUGGGAGUACCCCAAGCGGUGACCUUUAGCAUUCCCUUUGCUUUAGCCUCCAUAUUUUCCAACAAUUCUGGUGCAGGCCAAGGACUUUCUUUGGGAGUUCUGAAUCUUGCAAUCGUCUUACCUCAGAUGUUGGUCUCAUUUGCUAGCGGACCUUGGGAUGCCCUAUUUGGAGGUGGGAACUUACCGGCAUUCCUGGUGGGCGCCGUCGCGGCAGCAGCAAGCGGAAUACUCUCACUCACCAUGCUCCCUACUCCGGUCUCCGAUCUCCCUUCUUCCUAAAGCCACUACAACCCCCAUUGAAUUGCUUCGGUUCCUUCCUUUUCUUGUGGAACGUACUGUUGUAAUUAGCAUCCAAAGCCAUUUUAUUUUUAGUGCACCAAUAUAUUCAGUCUUUAGAAGUCUCAAUGGCUGCUUC